GAAUAUCCAGGUCCUCCAGUGCAACUCUAUGGUCAACUUUACUAAAAGUUGCCCUGAAAGACCUAGAGAUCACUCCUGGAGAGAGCGUCCACUGGGCCUUUGUAUCUCCUCCAGCGCAGUGCCAUGGUCAGUGUCUGUUGCCCUGGAGGACCCAGAGAUUACUCCUAGAGAGGUGUCUUCUCAGGUGACUAUGGAGGGAGACAUUAGGAAUGUAAUAAUCUUCAAUGCUUCCAAAAAGGAGAUCUUUACUAUGAACAGUGGCUAUAGGGUUCUACAGAAAAAACUGCGUAGUAACUGGAAAAUACAGAGCUUAAAAGAUGAAAUCACUUCAGAGAAACUGACUGGAGUCAAACUGUGGAUUACAGCAGGACCCAGGGAAAAGUUCACAGCUGCUGAAUUUGAGGUAUUGAGGAAAUAUCUAGAAGAUGGUGGGGAUAUCUUGGUUAUGCUUGGAGAAGGUGGUGAAUCACGCUAUGAUACCAAUAUCAACUUUUUAUUGGAAGAGUAUGGGAUCAUGGUGAAUAAUGAUUCUGUGGUGAGGAAUGUGUAUUAUAAAUACUUCCAUCCUAAAGAAGCUUUAGUGUCUAAUGGAGUUUUAAAUCGGGAAAUCAGUAGAGCUGCAGGAAAAGCUGUAUCUGGGAUAAUAGAUGAAGACAGCAGUGGAAAUGAUGCGCAAGCUCUCACUUUUGUGUAUCCAUUUGGUGCUUCACUAAAUGUGAUGAAACCAGCAGUGGCUAUUCUGUCCACGGGAUCUGUCUGUUUUCCUCUAAAUAGACCCAUCUUGGCUUUUUAUCAUUAUAAGAAUCAAAGUGGAAAGUUAGCUGUACUGGGAUCUUGUCAUAUGUUCACGGACCAAUAUUUGGAAAAAGAAGAAAAUAGCAAGAUCAUGGAAGUACUUUUCCAGUGGCUUACAACUGAUGAUAUUCAUUUAAACCAGAUUGAUGCAGAAGAUCCAGAGAUAUCUGAUUACACAAUGCUUCCUGACAUAUCCACUCUGUCAGAACGAUUGAGAGUUUGUCUGCAAGAAGGAGAUGAGAACCCACGAGACUUCACAACACUCUUUGACAUGUCUAUUUACCAGCUCGAUACUACAGCACUUCCCAGAAUCAUCAAAUCUUAUGAACAGCUGAAUGUGAAAUGUGAGCAACUUCAGCUAAUUCAGCCUCAGUUUGAGACUCCACUGCCUACACUCCAGCCAGCAGUUUUUCCACCAGCCUUCAGAGAACUGCCUCCUCCUAGCCUUGAUCUGUUUGACUUGGAUGAAACUUUCUCAUCUGAAAAAGCCCGUCUUGCUCAAAUAACUAAUAAGUGUACCGAAGAUGAUCUGGAAUUCUAUGUCCGAAAAUGUGGUGAUAUUUUGGGGGUAACUAACAAACUUCCAAAAGAUCAGCAAGAUGCUAGACAUAUCCUAGAACACAUUUUCUUUCAAGUGGUGGAGUUCAAGAAGCUAAAUCAGGAACAUGAUAUCGAUACAAGUGAAGCUGGAUUCCAAGGUGGCUUCUGAGUGUUUACCUUUCCUUACACAAAGAAUAUGAUUUAUCCUUGGCUGAUGAAUGAAAGACAACAGAGCCCAUUUUCUUUCAAGCUUGUUAAUAAAUUUGAUUUUUCCCUGGCAUUUUUCUGUGCCCUAUGAAGUAUUGUAAAUAUGUAAAUAUUCCAAACUUUUUAUUGUCUUACUGGCAGCAAUAAUUUUGAUUAGCUCCUAUGUAUGAAAACUUCCAUGUUUAAUGUUUUUUAAAUAAAGAAAGCAUUUUGU